AUGAUGCAGGAUGUUCGCUCGAAUCAUGUAGUCCGACUUUCAGACUUAAAUGCGCAUGUGACAUGCAAUAUUUGCAACGGUUAUCUCAUCGAUGCCGUUUCUAUAACCGAAUGUCUGCACCCAUGUAAAUGCUCUCCAUUCUCUCUAAAUUGUUUAGUUUGCAAAUCAUGUAUCGUAAAUUAUCUCGCAGCAAAUAAUACGUGCCCUGUCUGUGGCAUUUUAAUUCACCAAAGUCAUCCCCUCAACUACAUAAGUGCAGACCGGACCCUGCAGGAUAUCGUGUACAAAAUUGUUCCUAACUUGAAAGAAAAUGAAAGAAACGCAAGGACAGAAUUUUAUCGAUCGAUUGGGCGGAAGCCGCCUUCCAAUGAAGGCGAGUGUGCUAAGACGCUUGAAAAAUCGAAAGACAAAUCUCCGGACAAGAGCAGCAAUUCACACUCUUACCAGCAGGAUCCUUACUACCAUAGACUUGACGAGCAGGUCCAAAUUCAACUUGAACCUGGGUCCGACUGUUUGGAGCCAUUACGUCUGAAAUUUCUUCGUCUCUCAUCGAAGGCCACCGUUACUCAUCUCCGCAAAUACGUUGCCCAUCAUGUACUUCAUGACAUCUCGAAAUUCCAUGACAUUGAUAUCUUUAUUCUUAAUAACGAGAAUGGUACAUUUCUGGGUCGAGAUCAUGCCUUGAAAUUCGUGCGCGUUGUUUAUUGGAAUGAAGUAAGUGCAAAGUUUCCUGUUUAA